AUGGCGACACCGGAAUCAUGCAAGCAAGUCGAUGACACCUUCGGUCCUUAUGCAGAAGGCUGCCGCGGCGGGUUUGAUUUCACUUUACUGUUCGAAGAAAGCAUUCUAUCAAUCCUCCCCCUGGCCUUGCUGCUCAUCGUGGUACCUUUUCGAAUCUCAUACCUCUUUCGAAGAACCAUCAAAGUCGAUCCGAGUUCUUGGUUAGCGUCUAAACUGGUAGGUGGCCCCACCCAACGCUGCAUAUCGCAUUGCACCGCUCGUUGGAAUGAAGCUGAAACUUUGCCGGUGCAGGUUCUCUAUGCAGUUCUCGGAGCGACGCAGCUCGCUCUCGUUGCGCUAUGGGCAAAGCCGACAGCUACCAAGACCACAGCAUCGGUAGCGGAUGCUGUCCUUAGCUCAGUGGGUGCUCUUGCAUUAGCGAUCCUCUCCUUCGUGGAGCACGAGCGCUCCAUCCGACCCUCCUUAGUAAUACAGUCCUAUUUGUCUUUGACACUUCUGCUUGAUGCCGCUCGAGUCAGAACACUUUGGCUGCAAUCUUACAACGAUGCUGUCGCUGCUGUCACUACCGUUGCAUUUACACUCAAGUUUCUCCUCAUCAUAUUUGAGGCGGUCGAAAAACGCAGUAUCUUGCAUCCUGAAUGGAAGUCGACUUCGCCCGAAGCCACCAGCGGACUAUUUAGCCGAUCGGUUUUCUGGUGGCUCAACGGUCUUUUUCGGAAUGGUUUCAAAAGGUCUCUCUCUAUGGAAGAUUUGCUUCCGCUCGACAAGCACCUAACAUGCGCCUACCUAUACGACAGACUACAGACAGCUUGGGUAAAUGUGCCGACCAAGGCUCCCCGGUCGCUGCUUUUUCUAUAUUUCGGCAGGCUCAAAUGGCGUCUUCUCUCAGCGGUUCCACCGCGCUUAGGCCUCAUCGCGUUCAAUUUUUGCCAACCGUUCUUGAUCCAACGCGCCAUCAGUUUCUCCUCGCGGCCCAAGUCCGAAGAUCCGAACAACGUAGGCUAUGGCCUGAUCGGCGCAUACUUUCUCGUGUACGCUGGCAUUGCCAUCACGACCGGCCAAUACCAGCACCUGACGUAUCGCGCAAUAACCAUGGCCAGAGGAGGGCUUGUCUCGAUGCUGUUCGCCAAGACAUCGUCAUUGAAGGCAAAUGCAGCUGAUCCUGCGACAUCACUGACUCUUAUGAGUGCUGAUAUCGAAAGGAUCACCAACGGAUGGCAGACAAUGCACGAGAUUUGGGCGAAUCCAAUUGAGAUUGCCCUUGCUAUCUACUUGCUGGAACGGCAGCUUGGAGCAGCUUGUGCUAUUCCAAUCGCAGUGGCCAUAGGCAAGUCAACCUUUCUCAUUGACCAGGAGCGACCGUGGUCACCACAAGUGGCAACUUAG